UAGAGGAGUACCACCGACUGAAUGCACUCAUGGAAAUGUUUGGCCACCUCAAUUUCACUGUCUUAGGAUUCCCCUGCAACCAGUUUGGUCUCCAAUCACCUGAGGUGAAUCAUGAAAUGCUCAAUAUUUUGAAGUAUGUCAGACCUGGUGGGGGCUUUGUGCCAAAGUUUCCCGUCUUCAGCAAGGUUGAAGUGAAUGGUUUAAACGAAGAUCCUCUUUUCACCUUUCUGAAGGAAUCUUUGCCAUUUGUCAACCCUGUUAUUGGAGACAUAAAGAAAUUCUACUGGUCUCCGAUCAAAGUCAAUGACAUUCGCUGGAAUUUUGAGAAGUUUCUCAUAACUGCAAAUGGCAUGCCCUUCAAAAGGUAUGAACUUCACUGUCCCAUUGUGCAAGUGGAAAAAGACAUAGCAGAACUUCUCUGA